UGCAUAGCACUAAAUGUAAAGAAACGGAUAUGAUCCAAAAUGGCGGCUUUCAAUCCCCAACAUGACAACUGUAUGGAUUUCGAGCUUCUUUUGCCUCUGGAAAAUAUUCCUUCUUUUUCAAGCAACAGAUGCCAGCCACGAAGAGGUUCUGCAGAUUCACUACCCAAGUGUUACGUUAUCCGCUCAAAAGAAUGGCUACCUGUCCGCUCAGACAGAGGGUGGUGGAGACAUCCAUAUCAACUCUAAAGGAAACAACACAUCAGUCUAUUUCGAUAACAUUAACCUGUUACAACUAAUUGAAAAAGUGCUGAGUCUACCACCUGUCUGGGUGAAUCACACAGACACCGGGUACUCUGGAAACUUUGAAGGCGGAAAACACUUCAGUAUACCACUUAAUGUGAUGACACCUGGAACUAAAAACCUAAGCUUUGAAAUAGUCGCUGGAUCACUUCCGCCCGGCGUGUUUCUAGACAUACCAAACCGCCGGAUAUCCGGAAUCGCACCGGAUGAAGACGCAGAAUACAUAUUUACUGUGAGGGCUAAAACCGGGUACGGAAAGUUUGCAGACGCCGUCUUCCGGUUUGAUUCUUAUGAAUUAAACCAGUGUGAGGAAAACCCAUGUCACAACAAUGGUGUAUGUAACAACACAAACGAGGGGAAGGGUUACACAUGUAAUUGUACGGGAUACUAUGGUGAACGCCACUGUGAUACAGAUUGCAGAUUAAAUAGCAUAGGAGUAAGCAACAAGAAAACCAUACCGGAUGCGCAACUAUCUGCAUACCUGUCACGUGAUCAAUCGCUGGCCACAGAGGCCAGGUUAAACAGCAACUCGUCUUCCGGGUGGUGCGGCGAGAAUGGGAACGCUUGGAUACAGGUGGACUUAGGCAGCGUGGGACGUGUUUUUGCUGUGACGACACAGGCCGGAAGUAGUGACAAGUUCCUAAAAUCCUUCACCCUGUCCUGUAGCACAGAUGGCGCCAAAUUCUCUGACGUAAUGGAGACCAACACUACGGCGGCUUAUGUGUUCCCGAGUGACACGGGGGCCCUCACCCAGCCCCUCCCUGACCCGGCCACCUGCCGGUUUGUACGUCUCCACCCCAGCACGUACAAGGUCCACCCCUGUCUGAAGCUGGAACUCCACGGGUGUGUUCCGUGAUGGCAGAGGACCUACUUUCUAAUCUAAAUCUUUGUACAGUAUCAUGAUUCAGGUUACCUUGAUAACCAAAUUAAAAUGUGAAUGCUAAUCAUCUUCUUAGUCUUUU